UUCGUUUUUACUUUUUUUUUUCCUGAAUUCAACUUCAGAAACUACGUUUUGAAAUUCAACUUCAAUAUUUUUUUGGACAAGAAGAGAGGGAAAAGGUGGAUCAAGAUUGUGGUUUCGUAAAUCAAAAUACCUUCCUAUAAAUAGAAAGAUCCAAGAGGCAAGACUUGUGUUUUGGUCAUUUUCAUAUUUCUACAAAACCCUUUCAGUUUCAAGACUUUUCACUAUUUUUUUCACUACUGUCUGGUAGGUCCGUAUCUGUUCCAAGGGUUUCUUCCAAGGGUUUAACUUUCCCCCCAACAAAUUUCUACCAUGGAAACGCCUUCUUCCCAGCCCAAAAGGCGUGGCAGGCCAAAGGGUUCUGCUGCCAAAUCCAAAGACGAAAGAGAAAAGGAACCUCACAGUUCCGGCAAGAUGAGAGGUAGUGCUAGCAAGAGAGCUGCUGCUGUGGACGAGGAGUAUGUUCAGUGGAAGUCACUCGUAGCUGUCCUCUAUGACUGGUUCGCUAAUCACAACCUCAUUUGGCCUUCGCUCUCUUGCAGGUGGGGUCCAGUAGUUGAGCUGGGUCGUUAUAAAAACCGCCAGCGACUCUACCUUUCUGAACAGACGGAUAAGUCAGUGCCUAAUACUUUGAUCAUCGCCAAUUGUGAUGUGGUUAAGCCCAGGGUUGCAGCAGAAAAUCACAUUGCAAACUUCAAUGAAGAGGCACGCUCGCCAUUUGUGAGGAAAUACAAAACCAUAAUACAUCCGGGAGAGGUUAACAGAAUCAGAGAACUCCCGCAGAACAAAAACAUAGUGGCAACCCAUACUGAUGGUCCUGAAGUUCUCAUUUGGGACAUUGAAGCUCAGCCUAACAAGCAUGCUGUCUAUGGUGCUGCUGCUUCGCGUCCAGAUCUGGUAUUAAGUGGACAUCAGGACAAUGCAGAAUUUGCUCUGGCUCUGUCCCCCAUGGAACCCUUUGUCCUCUCUGGAGGAAAGGACAAAACUGUUGUCUUGUGGAGCAUUCAAGAUCACAUUUCAACAUUGGCAGCAAAUGCACCCAAGUCUGCUGGAUCAGGUGGCUCUAUAAUUAAGUCUGCUGAUAAUCCUUCUAUUGGACCACGUGGUAUCUUCCAUGGCCAUGCGGAUACUGUUGAAGAUGUUCAGUUUUGUCCUUCAAGUUCCCAGGAAUUCUGUAGUGUUGGUGAUGAUUCAUGCCUCAUAUUAUGGGAUGCCCGAGUUGGUAACAAUCCUGCUGUAAAGGUUGAGAAAGCGCAUGAUGCUGAUCUUCAUUGCGUCGACUGGAAUCCUCACAAUGACAAUCUUAUCAUAACUGGGUCCGCUGAUAAUUCGGUACGCUUAUUUGACCGGCGAAAUUUGACUUCGGAUGGGGUUGGAUCACCAGUACAUAUGUUUGAACAUCACACAGCUGCAGUUCUCUGUGUUCAGUGGUGUCCGGAUAGGUCUUCUGUGUUUGGGAGCUGUGCUGAGGAUGGUCUCUUAAAUAUUUGGGACUAUGAGAAGGUUGGUGCAGCAAAAGAUUCUGAUAUCGAGUCUGAUGAAGAUGAAGAGGAGUCUCCACCAGGCUUGUUUUUCCAGCAUGCUGGCCACAGGGAUAAAAUUGUGGACUUUCACUGGAAUGCUUGUGAUCCAUGGACUAUUGUUAGUGUAUCUGAUGAUGCGGAGACCUCUGGUGGAGGCGGCACAUUACAGAUAUGGCGUAUGAUUGAUAUGUUGUACCGGCCGAAGGAUGAAGUUUUGGCUGAGAUGCAACAUUUCAAGGACCAUGUGGGCAAGUGUACCCCUAAGUCGAAAGGCUGAGUUAUUUUAGCGCAAUAGUAGGCUGCCAUUAUAUAAGUUAAACAGUAUGUGUAAUAGUUGGAAUGGAGCAUUUAUAUUUGCAUGUAAAAGAUAUGCUGGAAAAUGGUUACUAUGCUAGUAGACAGCAAGCGUCAAGCUAUCCAAGACUGUAGAGCAUGUUGUUGUAUGUACUGCGUCUGUUGUGCUAAUUUGCUCCUUGAUGUUUUGCAUUUUCUUAUUUA